UUUGCUCUCCCAUUACUCCGGUCUUCUUCACAAGCUUUACAUUUAAUUUCUUUGUUGCGCUUCUUGGUUUUGCUUAGUAACAUCGAUGCAAAACGGAUGCAUAUGAUCAAACGAAUUUUCUUCUUAUUCUAGAGAUCCUCCAUAUCUUGGGCUGUAUCUAGAAAUAUGCAGACAACCUCGGUCGUAUCAUGAUUGGGAAUUUUGCUACUGUUAAUUAUCAUAUAUAGCUUCUCCUGUAGCUGCGUUUUUGGUGUUACCGUAGAGUGUUUUAUAUAUUGUCCAUGUCGCCGAUUCAAGUUACUCUCUGACCUGCAGGAAUCCCGCUUUAUCGAACAGGACGGAGGCAGCUGGAAGAGGGAAAGGUUAGUCUGAGAGAGAGAGAGAGAGAGAGAGAGAAAGGAUGUGGUGGGUGGAGCUGUUGUUGCUGCUGCUGACAUUGAGUUCAAUGGGUUUAACAAUUGUAGAAAGCGCAUCGACAAAGGAACCUUUCACUGUACCUUCCAAUUGCACAAAAAGAUGCGGUAAUGUCAGCAUCGAGUACCCUUUCGGGAUAGGCAAUGGUUGUUAUCGUCCGGGCCUUAAUCUUACUUGCACGAACAAUACCAACCAACCUCCAAGGCUCUUCUUGGGUGAUGGAAAACUCGAAAUCACUAGAAUCGUUUUGGAUAAUGGGACUGUGAGCGUCAUGACACCCAUUAUCACCAUGGAUGUGGAUGAGGAGUUCAUUAAUGUUACUUUAAUUGAUCUUCAGAAUUGGCCUUACUCUUUAAAAUCAUUGGAUAUGCAGAAUUCUUACGCAAGAUAUACAUAUAAUCUUUUGUAUGUGUCGGGUUGCAGCGUCAUUGCCGACCUAGUGGAUCCCACUACUAAUAGGACUAUCGAUACUUGCACAACUAGAUGCACUUCCAAUGACAACAGUCAGUGCACACUUGAUUUAUAUGAUUGGAAUAGUACUUCAUUGGAGGUUCGAUUAACGCGACUCAAUCAGAGUGACCUUCAUUUUCUUAAUGCUUCCAGUAUCAAAGUUUUCGUGUACAAUGAUUACAAUGCUACCACAGAUGAUCUCCAAGGAAUAAUGAAAGGCAGCAGCUCGGAAGUGGAGACUGUCCUAUCAUGGUACAUCAAAGACUAUCCUACCUGUGAAGAGGCCAAGAAGAAUAUGAAAACUUAUGCCUGCAUCAGUCCCAAUAGCGACUGUUAUGAUGUCAUUAAUUAUUAUAACGACACUGAUUAUAAUUUUGGGUACUUCUGUCGAUGCUCUUUUAAUCAUGAAGGCAAUCCAUACCUAUCAAAUGGCUGUCAAGAAACAAAUUUUACUCUACAUCCGGUGAAGGGCUGUCCAACAAAAUGUGGGAGUGUUGACAUCCCUUUUCCAUUCGGGCUAAAAGAAAGGUGUUACAGAGACCAGUUAUUUGCUCUAACGUGCAACCACACGUCAAUUCCUUCCACUCUUCUCUUCCGGAAGUAUUUCAUAGUGCACGAUAUAUCGUUGGAGAAAGGGCAAUUAGAAGUUGAGUAUAAAUACAAUGAGGCCGACAGCUAUACCUAUGCAACUACACCUUUCACUUUCGUUGACGAGCAGCCCAUUGUUAGUUGGGUCAUUGAGAAUCAGCUUUGCAAGGAUGUUCAAAGCAAUAGAACGAUGUUUGCAUGUGUCGAUGAACACAGCUCAUGUGUGGACAUUAACACCACAACAAGAGAUGGUCAAAAUAUCUUGGGGUACCGUUGCAAUUGCUCCAAAGGUUACGAAGGAAAUCCAUACCUUCCUAAUGGAUGCACAGAUAUCGAUGAGUGUAAAUUCCCCGACAAAUACGCCUGCAAUGGGGUUUGUAAGAACACGAUCGGCAGUUACAACUGCACAUGUCCACGAGGGACAACUGGUGAUCCUAAACGAGCAUGCAUCCCCGACAAAAAACAGACUGUUCUAUUAGGUGUCAUUAUCGGCGUGAGUAAUGGCGUGGGCCUAUUGCUGUUGAGUACGAGUUUGAUCAUCCUACGGAGGAAAUGGAAGAAAAGAAAACAAAAGAGAAUUAGAGAAAAAUACUUUCGUCAGAAUCAUGGUUUACUGCUACAACAACUUAUCUCUUCGCGUGAAGAUGUUGCUGAGAGAACAAAGAUAUUUCCUCUGGAAGAGAUAGAAAAGGCAACUAAUAAUUUUGAUGAAACUCGAGUGCUCGGUCGUGGAGGUCAUGGAACAGUUUACAAAGGGAUUUUGUCGGAUCAACGCGUAGUCGCUAUAAAAAAGUCAAAGAUUGUGAAGAAGAGCGAGAUAGAUCAAUUCGUCAAUGAGGUUGCAAUUCUUUCUCAAAUUAAUCAUAGAAACGUGGUAAAGCUUUUUGGAUGCUGCUUGGAGACCGAAGUGCCCUUAUUGAUCUAUGAAUUUAUCUCAAACGGAGCUCUUUCGGACCAUCUCCAUACUUCAGAGGGUAGUUCUGCAUUGUCAUGGGAAGCUCGUCUGAGGAUCGCUGCAGAAACCGCAGGAGCACUUGCUUAUUUGCACUCGGCUGCUUCAAUAUCUAUUUUACACAGAGAUGUUAAGUCAUCGAAUAUUCUCUUGGAUGAUCACUUCAUAGCAAAAGUAUCAGAUUUUGGGGCUUCAAGAUUUAUUCCACUUGAUCAAACUCAUAUAGUCACCGGUAUUCAAGGGACCUUUGGAUACUUGGAUCCAGAGUAUUAUCAAACAAGUCAAUUGACAGAAAAGAGCGAUGUUUAUAGCUUUGGGGUUAUUCUUCUGGAGCUUUUAACAGGAAAGAAACCUAUUUUCUCAAUUGAACAUGAGAAUAAACAGAACCUGUCAAUGUAUUUUCUCCAAACACUAAAAGAUAAGCGCUAUUUUGAUCUCGUGGAAGAUCGUGUUAUGAAAGAAGGGACUAAACAAGAGCUUGUGGAAGUUAUUCAACUGGUAGCAAUGUGCUUGAAGUUUAAAGGAAGCGAAAGGCCUACAAUGAAAGAAAUAGAGUAUAAACUACAAAGUCUAAGAAGGAUUAGAAAGAAUGGAGGAUGUUAUAUUACAAAAGGUAAUGAAGAAACUGAGUACAUGUUGAGCGAUUCAUCUUAUACUUUUUCUGAUUCAGUUGACCAAGCAAUCGAAGGGACAUCCAGGAAUUACAGUUUAGAAAAAGAAUUCAUGUGGUCAUAUUAUAACCCACGGUGAGUGUGUACUAUACUAAUAUUUAUAUUUGUGUGUAUUGACAAUAUAAACCUAACGCAUCUAAUGUAUGGGUCA